GUAUUGUUGAUCCGUUAUCGAGACAAGCACAACAACUCGCACCCUUAAUGAAUGUCAUUCAGCAAGUGGUUAAUGCUGACAUCGUUCUCGUCAUGAAUCCGAAAUCGAAACUCAGUGAACUACCUCUCAAAAGAUUUUAUCGUAUGGUAUUGGAGCCAUCGGUCCAAUUCGACGAUUCAGGGCGUAUCUCGAGUGCAGCAUAUCAAGCCAGAUUCGCCUCAUUGCCCAGCAAACAGCUAUUGACUCUUGCGUUGAUUCCGUCCGAUUCGUGGAUGGUUCAAGCUGUGAAAGCGGUCUACGAUUUGGAUAAUAUUAAGAUGCAAAAUGUUGAAGGCAAUGUGGUGUCGGAAUUCGAACUGGAGAACAUUCUUCUGGAGGGACAUUGCUUCGAUGAGAAUACGGGCACUCCACCUAGA